AAAAAAACAAUUAUUUCUACCUAAGAACGUGUUAAGGUCCUAACAGUGGUGCCUUAAAAUUAGGAAUUCCUAAACCCAUCUUAGAUGUUCCAGAACACUCUCCAAUUCGUCACGCACCGCACCAAGAUGCUAAAAAGCCUCAACAACAACCAAAAUCCAUUCUCCAUGGACAACCUUCUGUCCAACGGUAAAAUCUCACCCGAACUGGACUUGGAAUGUGAUUCGAACCGUGCUGAAGACUUGACAGACUCAGAGUAUAAACGUAACAGUUACAGCCCUAAUUCUCCGAAACAAGAGGACGAGCUUAGCGAUCAUGUAGAAGAAAGACUGUCGCCGAAUAAUAAUGAUUUUUUUAGUCGGUUUAACUGUAUACGGAAUCGAAUAUGUUCCAAUUGUGGACGGUUAGACUGUAACUUUUUGCAGUGUAGACUAAAUAGUGAGAACUUGAUCAAGGAUAGUAAGCCGGUAUUGAAAUUUAGUGUUAGUGCAAUAUUAGGAGACGAAAAGAGGGAUGGACAAAGAAAUAAUAAUAGAUGCAAUGAAAAUCUCAUACACGUAACCCACCCCAGCUUACUAGGACUACAAUCAUAUUUAGGAGGUGCCACAGUACAUUCACCUUCAAUAGCUAAACCAGUUGCGAGUAGACCUCCACAAUUCAACCCCCAUUUAUUAUUGGCCCAUUGUAGACCACAACCGUAUCUAACAGUUUCAACUCCAGUAUCUGGUGCCCAGUCGGCAGUAUUUCCUCUACCAGGAACGUUUCCAUGGGCUCACAGCGGUCGAGGGAAACCUCGAAGGGGGAUGAUGCGCAGAGCAGUAUUUAGUGAUCUGCAGAGAAAAGGACUGGAACGGAGGUUUCAGAUACAAAAGUAUAUCAGCAAGCCUGAUAGGAAGAAAUUGGCUGAGAAAUUGGGACUGAAGGAUAGCCAGGUUAAAAUCUGGUUCCAAAACAGAAGAAUGAAAUGGCGUAACUCCAAAGAGAGGGAGCUUUUGGCCGCAGGUGGUUCCAGAGAACAAACUUUACCAAAUAAGAACAACCCACAUCCAGAUCUUAGUGACGCUGACGGUGACAGGCCAAAACUGGACUUAUCUGAUGUACAGGUAAAAGAUAUCUCUCCAGCCAAUUCACCGUCAUCUGUAUCAGAAACACGGCAAUUGUCUAACAACCAAGAUAUACCAGCUGCUGAAGCAAAUCACCAACAUUUACUUGGCUCACAAGUAUACCAAAGUUCCGGCUAUGAUGGUAUGGACUAUGAAAGUUCAAACGAUAGUGAUGAAGAGAUAAAUGUCACUUGAUUGUCCAAAGAUUGAUUCACAGCUUAUUAAGAACUGACAUUUUUUGAUAUUUAGGAACUUUGAAAUAUUUUCUUGUAGUUAUAUUUUUUAAUGCUUCAUUAUAUUUCUUUUGUUGUAAAUCACAUUUCCUGUUUUGGUGUUUCUGAAAUUAUCCAUAAUAAUUAUUGUUUUUACUGAUAUCAGCAACAAAAAGCAGCACAAUCACUGUAUUUUGACGUUUAUCCUGUAUAUAAAAAUUAAAUAACUAACGAUGUAUAAUAAUUUUAAAUUUAUGAUGUGCC